UAGGAGGUUUCGGUGUUUGUUGACUCUUGCUAUAUCUCCGACAGAUAUAUUGAAGCAUGAAAAUAAUUGUUCACAUUCUUACAAAUAUCGAGACUCUUUUUCUAUUUCGUCUAGUAAUUUUCAUUUCUAACGUUUUGAACAUUUUCUAUUAGUAAGAAUAAGGAACAAGCUAAACGGUUGAGAUAUAACAAGACACUUCACAGAAUUUAGACUAGUUUAAAGAGAAAUUAAUUUAACUCUCGUAUUGCAGUGCCUGAGUCUGUCGAACUAGUCGACAAACAACGGAAUUUAUUUAUGUUGGAACGGCACUCCCAACCUAAAAUAUUAUGCCAGCUCCACUUUAAGAAACAUGGGUGUCUGUGCUGACCAAUUUUUAUCCGAAAUGUUCAAACCAAGUCCUACAAAAAAUACGCAUAGAAGGAAAAAGUUGAAGGGGAAUGCCGUACCAGAACCAUCAAAAUAUUUAUUAAAAAAUAAACAAGAAGAAGAAGAUAUACAAGAAAGACAGCUCGUAACAUUUUUUUUUAUUUAAUAUUUCACAUUAUAAUUAUAAAUAACAAUAACAAAACAAAUUAUAAUUAUAAUUAUAAAUGACAAAACAAAUAAUUGAUAAAUGUGUAACUACGAGCGACUUAUUUGUGUCCUUUUGCACAACGAGAUUUGUUUGCCAGAUACUUGUUUAUAUCGCUCGUUAUAUUUUCAAUUUUAUAUAACGCACUACUGAAGUAACUACGUUUGUUUUAUUGUUUUGAAUAAAAUGUGAUUUGGGGCACCAUGAACAGUAAAAGGGGGCUUGUCUAAUGAUGGAUAUUGUAGUUUGAAUACUGGAAAUAUUGAUCUUGCAUAUAUGGAUAUUGGUUAAAUGUUCUGAAGUAUGUAGUUUCUUUUUGUUAUUGCAUUAAUCCAAAUAAUUGAUCUUUAUGUUUAGAUGGAAUCAUGCUUGCCAAAACCAAAAAUUAAUUUAUCAAAGGUAACUAGCAGCACAGUAAAUAUUGCUAUGAAAAGAAUAAUCAAAAAAUGAUAUGAAAUAAUACGUCCCUUGCACGUUCUAAUGCUGUUCCUCAAAAACUGAUGAAGGAAAAAUUACAACUGAUAAAACACAUAUAUAAAAACUUUGGUAAAAUAUAGUAAACCUCAAGAACAAAUGAACACAUUAAAGGCAAAUGAAAAUAUACAUAAACUAAAAGUAGAAGGAUAUGAAAAUCUGAAUAAGACAUUAGUAAAUGAAUGCAGGGAAUUAAAUGCAGAAAUGAAUAAAUUGCAAGAAGAAAAAGAGAAUUUGAUAAAAUGUUUGAAAGAAUCAGAGGAGUCAUGUAAAAACAUUUCAAAUAUUUUAGUAGAAUUUAAAGAAAAAUGCUUGUCUCAAGAGUCGUUACUGUCACAACAUGAACUUACAAUAAAGGAUCUAAAAGCUAGUUUAAAAGUUGAAAGAGAGAUGAAUAAAGAAUUAAAUGCAACUAAAAAUGAGUUACAAACAUUGGUUUAUACCAUGAACAAAGAUCGUAGAGUUCUCCAUAAUGCAAUACAAGAAAUGAAAGGAAAUAUCAGGGUAUUUUGCAGAGUCCGACCUAGAAUUCCAAAUGAACUUGGGAAAGUGAUAUAUAAUAUCAACUUUGUACAUGAACACACUAUCGUAGUAGGAAAAUUUAAUGGGUAUGAUUCAGUUAGUUGCAGUGGAAAAUCAAAGGGAACCAGACAAGAAUUUUCAUUCGAUGAAAUGUUCCCAGCAACUGUUAGCCUAAAAAAUAUUUUUGUAGAGUUAGCUCUGUUAGAUCAGUCCACUUAGAAGAGUAUAAUGUCUGUGUAGCUGACUCAUUUAUUAAUAGUCUUAAUCUAGAUUAAUAAUCUUUAGCUGACAUUUCAAAGACGUUGAUAUUACUGAAUGUAUCUCCUUUAGACGAAUAUUAUAAUGAAACAUUGAAUUUAUUGAGAUUUGCUAUCAAUGUACACAAUUGCUAAUCCCAGAAUAGAAAAAGAACGUGACUAAUGUUAUUAUCCUAUGAGCAUGACUACAAAAACACUAUACAAAGUUCCAACAAAUAGUAAUAGUAUAGACAGAUAUCGUAUUUUGUUAAAGAAAUACAAAUAAGAGUGAAGGUAAAUUUAUAUGGUAUAUAGCAAUUAAAUCAUUAGUUUUUAAUGUUUAAUAUAUUAACUGGUAUAUAAUAUUUAUAUACCAGUAUUAUAAUGCAACUUGUUUCAUUAAUAGGAUUUACCAAAAGGAAUGGUUAUACAUGAUUUUAUGCAAAUAUCACUAUUAGAAAUAAAUUCAAAUUUGUCCACUAUGUUGAAAAUUAAUUUCAAUGAUUUCACACAAUUAGAAAAUUUUAUUGACUUUGCAAUUGAAAAAGCACUCAUUCCUGUCCAUUUACUAUCGUAAUUCCAAUUAGAGAAAUAAUAAGAGCUAUUCUCUGGUAAGAAAGUAUGUCCACAAGGAAAAAGCAAAAUUGACGGAUAUGGAUGAAUAUGUGAAUGUGUAAUAUUAUGGGAAUAAGAAAGCUAUAUGCCAGAAAGUGUUUGAGACUAUGAAUGUUGUAAUGACAUCCUGCAGUGAUGAAGGAAUCAAAUUUACGUCGCAUACUUAAGCAUCAAAGUCCUUGGUGAUAAUAAAAGUGAUAGCUAAUGUUUGGAAAUCCAUGUUACCUGCGAAAAGAUGAUAAUAGGUUCGAUCUUGUUAAAUGAAUUAAAAAGUAAUUUAAAGAUCAGUUAAAUAUUUUCAAUCUAUAGUCAAAGACUAAAUAUAUUCCUAAUCUAUUUAUAAUACUUGUAUAAAAUAAAUAUAAGACUUGUGAUGAUUAAAUACAUAUAUUUAUAUAUAUACAUAUAGUUUAAUUAUAUAUAUAUUUAUAUAUAGUUUAAUUUCACACGGAUAUGCACUAAUUAGGUAUACAAAUUUAAAUAUAAUAUUUUUAUUAUGAGAUCAUUAAAUCUUUAUAAGAAACUAAGAUUACUGUUUAGUAAAAUAUAAAUAUAUAUAUUCGUAUGCAUAUAUCAAUUUUGUAAAUCACACUGAAAUAUUUUUUUACUUAAUUACUCUUAUUAUCAUAAUUUACAUUUUUUCAAAAAAAUAGGAAGUAUUCCGAAAUUAAAUAAACUGGCUGUGUAUAAAUGUACUAGGUUAUCCGGAAGAUUCAUAGUGACAGUUAAGAUUGAUUUAACUAAAAUUAAACUCUAGUCAUUUAUAAUUUCACGAGUGGUUUCUCGAAAACACGAAAGUUUUUAGAGUAUAAUACUGAUCUUUCCAUCUGAUAUAAAAAAAGAAAAUAUAUUAACAAUAACUUUUAAUGUUUUCAAAUAAGCAACAACUGAAUUAGGAAAAUUAAGGAAACAACGUUUAUUUUUUUAUAUAUAGUGUUAGAUAUCGAAAUUUACUACUUGAUGAAUACCUAUUUAAAAAAUUUUUAAUGAAAUAGUUACAAACCUAUGCUCAUUUAAUAUUUCUCUUAGAAUUAUUCAUAAAAUACAUUGCUACAGCCUGAUCGUUUAAUUUUGAAAUACAUAUUUUAUCAUAACCUACAUAUACUUACCAUAAAUUAUUUUCAUAAAUUAAGUAUAUUCAAAAAGUUAUUGAAUGUAUAUUUUACUAACUCAUCUGGAAAAAGUGAUUUUUAUUGAUUAAAAUAUUUAAUUAAAUAUCAAUUAAUGACACUAUAAAAAUAAUAAAUUAUUGAUAAUUUUAUAAUCGGAAAAUUAUAAUUCGGAACAACUGAUAAUCUUUAUUUAUUGUUGUUUAAGUUUCAAACUGCUAAUGAAAAUUAAAUAGAAUCGACACAUUCAGGUAUCGAUACGUGUAUCGACUUUAAAAUAUAACCAAGUAUAAAUACAUAUAUCAGUGAUUACUAUUGGGCAAAUCUUUUCUAUGUCUUCAAAUGAUUGGUUCUCAGCUCUCAUACUAUACUCCUCUGAUUGGCUACAUUCAAGCAAAUUCAAGUUUAAAUAAAUGCAGUUGUUUAACAGCUUAACCGACUCUUGAAUGCUGUGAAGUGAAGUAAACUGUCGUUUCUUUCUUUCUGUACAAGUAACACUAUUAGUGUGAUUUUGUGUAUGCGAACAUAACAAAUUAGGUAAUAUAAUUUAAAAGUAAACAAAUAAUUGAUAAGUGUGUAACCACGAGUGACUUAAUUGUGUUCUUUUGUUGAACGAGAUGGAAUCACGCUUGCCAAAACCAAAAAUUAAUUUAUCAAAAGUAACUAACAGCACAGUAAACAUUGCUACAGACAAAGAUAAUCAAAAAAUGGUAAAAAGCCAAAAUGAUGUGCCCCAUGCAAGUUCUAGUGCUGUUCCUGAAAGACUGACAAAAGCCAAAAGUACAGUAAAUAUAGCAAAAUGUUCAAAUGAAAAUAAACCUCCAAUUAAACAAACUUUAAGUAGAUCGAAGACUAUGUCUUCCAUUACUACCAGAGCUGUGAAAAGACCAGCUGUUGCAGCCAUUACACAUGGCGAAACCAAGAGACAAUUUGCUAAGCCUCCUACUAAAAUAAGUACACAGCAAGUUGGUAGUACAUUAAGAAAUAAUACCACCAAUAAGUCUAGUCAGAAUAUCAUAGCCCAGAAGGUACAAUGCAGCAGUAAUGCAGCUAAGCCUUCCAAAUGGGACUUAAAGGGUCGAUUGGCCCACACCAGUAAUGAGUUAUCUAAUAUACGACAGAAAUAUGCAGAAACUUCAGCAAAAUAUAAUGAACUUCAAGAACAAAUGAACACAUUAAAGGCAAAUGAAAAUGUACAUAAACUAAAAGCAGAAGAAUAUGAAAAUUUGAAUAAGACAUUAGUAAAUGAAUGCAGAGAAUUAAAAGCAGAAAUGAGUAAAUUGCAAGAAGAAAAAGAGAAUUUGACAAAAUGUUUGAAAGAAUCAGAGGAGUCAUGUAAAAGCAUUUCAAAUACUUUAGUAGAAUUUAAACAAAAAUGCUCGUCUCAGGAGUCAUUAAUAUCACAACAUGAAUUUAUAAUAAAGGAUCUAAAAGCUAGUUUAGAAGUUGAAACAGAAAAGAAUAAAGAAUUAAAUGCAACUAAAAAUGAGUUACAAACAUUGGUUCAUACCAUGGACAAAGAUCGUAGAGUCCUCCAUAAUGCAAUACAAGAAAUGAAAGGAAAUAUCAGGGUAUUUUGCAGAGUCCGACCUAGAACUCCAAGUGAACUUGGAAAAGUGAUGUGUAAUAUCAACUUUGUAGAUGAAUGCACUAUCGAAGUAGGAAAAUUUGAUGGGUCUGAUUCAGUUAGUUGCAGCGGAAGACCGAGAGGAACCAGGCAAGAGUUCUCUUUCGAUAAAGUCUUCCCACCAACUGCUACCCAAGAACAUAUUUUUGAAGAAUUAGCCCUGUUAGUUGAGUCCGCUUUAGAGGGGUAUAAUGUCUGUGUAUUUGCAUAUGGCCAGACUGGUUCUGGUAAAACAUAUACUAUGGAAGGUUUACCGGGUAUUGAAAUGGAAGGCAUGAUACCUAGAACGGUACGACAUAUAUUCCAAAAAAUGAAAGAAUUUCAAUUACUUGGUUGGGAAUAUCGGAUAGAAGCUAGUUUCCUUGAGAUUUACAAUGAGCAUAUUGUUGACUUGCUUGAUUCUCAAGCUAAGACACAUGAAAUCAAAAUGGCUGAUAGUAAGGGACACAAUUUGUAUGUCAGUAAUUUGAAAAUACAGGAAAUUAAUAGCCCCGAAGAAUUGCACGAGUGCCUUUUGACGGCGCAAUGUAAUAGAGCAGUUGCGGCUACUCAAUCGAACGAACGGUCGUCUAGGUCGCAUUCAGUAACAAGAAUAAAGCUUGUAGGAACACAUCAGUUAAAAGAGGAGAUUUCAAUAGGAAACUUAAAUUUAGUUGACCUAGCGGGAUCUGAAAGAUUAAAAGGGGAAGAAUCUGUACGACUGGCAGAAACAAAAAACAUUAAUAAAUCGUUAGCAAACUUGGGCAACGUUAUCUUGGCCCUUUUGAAAAAACAAGAACAUAUUCCAUACAGAAACUCAAAACUCACUCAUUUAUUAAUGCCGUCUUUGGGUGGCAAUUCAAAAACUUUGAUGUUACUGAACGUAUCUCCUUUAGACGAAUGUUAUAACGAAACAUUGAAUUCAUUGAGAUUUGCUAGCAGUGUAAACAGUUGCAAACCCGGUAAUGCAAAAAGAACACGACUAGUGCUACAAAACUCCGCAUGAAGUUUCACCAAAUAGUAUUUUUAUUACACUUCAAGAUUUUAGUGUUUUUAAGCAUUAUUUUUUAAAAGCAUUAUUUAGACUAUUUUAUAUAGUAAACGCACAUCCUCUUUUGUGUAAUUUUAUUUUUUUCUUUUAUAAACCGCAACAAAAACUGUAAAUAGUUCAAUAUAAAAUAUAUUACCAUAACACUGACAUAAUUUACAUAUUUGCUCAGUUUAACUGUAAUUUCCAUAUUUUCAAAGAUAUUGUAUAUAAUUAAAAGAAAUAACUUUUUUGAACUAUUAUUAUAUUCAUUAUAAAAAUAAAGUCUCUGACUUGAUUCGAACCAAUCCCUUCCAGUUUAACAAAACGAAACCGUGUACAUUUUUCAUUAAUUGCGUUUUUUGGCAACAAUUUAAUUAUUAUUAUUUAAAAUAAUAGGAAAAAUUUUUUCUACACUGCCAGACAUAGGUAUUAGCUGGCGUUAAUAUAUUUAUUUGUUAUACUUAUUACAUAAUUCUAAUAUAUUUUAUUUUAUUUAGCGUUUUAUGCUACAAUGUAUAAUACAAAUAGAAUAAUAGGUGUAUAAUAAAUGCAUAGGUGUAUAAUAUGGCUAGCAAUAUGUUUCCUUUAGCAGUGCACCAUGCCGAACGCACAUUUCUUCAUGUCUCUGCUUACUAAUAUAUGCCAGAGUCGCACGAUCGCUCAUCCCCUCCUCCCCGCUUUGCUUAUAAAUGUUUCUUCUACCAAGAGCAUCAAAGACUAGUCGUAUUGAUAGUAUAGUCGUUGACCAUGAGAGGUCCUUAUUCUUAGUGUUCAUUUUUUAGCAGAAUUUCGCACAUGAACGUUGACUGACGAUCUCCCUAGUUCCCUAUAUCUCUAACAGAAAGAAAAAUUUCCUCUGUUUUUAAUAUUCUCUAAUCUCUGGUGACUAGUGCG